GAGGGCGGGGGAGCUAUCGCGGGACCCGAGGGCGCGAUUCUCGCGGAAGCAUCGUUCUGCCGUUGAAGCGGCAGUGGCAGAAGGCUGUCCUACGUCUCAGUUCGGUAAAGCAUGUCGCUUUUGCGUUUGCAUCCCAACACAGGAGACCGCGAGGUUACCAGUGACUUUCCUGACCAGCUGAUAGAAGCGUUUUGUUGUCAAAUAAACGAAGCAGAGGAAAAUGUCUCGUUGGAUUUGGUGCCUACUGCUGCUGCUUCCCCUGGUGUGUGAAGUUCAGGCGCAAGUGGAAAACCGGGUGAUUUUCCUGCCAGGAACGUUCCAGAACGUGAGCGUCUCCCAGAAUGAGACGGUGCAGGCCGUGGUGUCCAGGAUCCCCUCAGAGGUCGCUUUCGUCACUCUGCAGUUCCACACGCAGCACCGCAACGCCACGCUCUCAUACACCCGGAUGCCAGGCCUGGGUCUCUCUCUGACAGCAGUGGACUCGGGGCUCCUGUCGGCUCUCGAGCCGGGCCAAGUGUCCCUCACCUUGUUCCUGUCAUCUCCUGAUGCUGACACUGUGGCCGGCACCGGGGUCAUCCUCCCAUACUCCAGCACUGAUCCGGUCCCUGGAGCUUGUAACAUGGAGUUCAACCUGGACGUUGACCCAAACGUCUACAUCCACUACAGCCUGUAUGAGACCACGAUCCGUUUUGCACCAGCAAACUUAGGCUAUGAGAGGGGAGAAACUCCUCCGGCCUGCGACGAAUCCACGGAAACCGACACGCGCUGGCGGCUGCAGUAUGACAUCUACCAGUACUUCCUGCCUGAGAACGACCUAUCAGAGCGCAGCCUGUUCAGCGGCAUUCAGGCCGUGGCCGACAUCCAGGGCAUGAUGGAGAGCGGCAAACGGAUCAUGACGCUGUUAUCGUCGGAUAAGAGCAUGGCGGUGUUCAACUCCAUCCCCGGUCAGGGCGUGAUCUACUCAGUCAUCGUCAGAGACCCGCUGUUGAACACCUCGGCCUCCUACGUCCCCGUCCACACAUACGCCUGCAGCUUUGCUUCCACUCUGGACGGCUGUCAAACGCUCGGAAAGAUAUCUACAAAGGUUUUCUUCACCAUCGCUGGCCUGGCAGGCCUGUUUGUCUGCUUCUUUGGGCAUCGAUUCUUCAAAUGUGAGUUGUUUUGCAUGGGAUUUAGCUUUGCAGCGUUUUUCUUCUUUGUGCUGAUCACAAGGACCACAGGACUGGACUAUGACAUCUGUCUGGCCGUGUCGGCGGUGAUCGGCGUGGUGGGCGGGGUCUUCCUGGUGAUGAGCUGGUGGCGUUUCGGUUCGGUCGUGGCCUGCAUCGUCGUGGUUGGACUGAUGCUGGGUUUCCUCAUCGCCUCCACUGUUCUCUUCACUCCUCUCGGUGACCUCGAUGUGUUCCGGCAUUCAGACGUGGUUUUCUGGGUGACGUUCUGCUGCAUCAUGGUCAUUGUUCCGCUCUUCUUCGUGCGUUGGCCCAGAGAGGGAAACAUCACCACGUGCGGCGUCGUCGGUGCGUACGCUGUGAUUCUGGCCGUCAACGCCUACAUCUACACCAGCCUUUCCUACAUCACGCUGAACAUCCUCAAACGCUUCCUCAACAACAACUUCAGUGCGGCGUUCACUGACGUGCCCUUCCAAACCGUUGACUACGUCAUGAUCACGGUGUGGGUGGUGCUCGGCGUCGGCGGUAUCGUGCUGCAGCUCUACCGCGAGCGCUCCCGGCCGUUCUUCCCGCCCAGCCCGUACCUCAUGUGGCUACAGGAACGCGAGCGCCGCAAGACCAACGUCCUCGACCCGAGCCACCACUUCCCCCCGCUGCCCAACCGCCUGCUGGCCAGAGUGCGGCAGCUCACCAAGCGGAUGGAGCCGGCCGGAGAACACACACCUCUGCUCCUGUAAACACCCCCGCCGUCUCUGCCUGAAGGCGGAUUAUUACGCGUACAGUCGGGGUCGGAGAUCCCUUCGAUGCAUUUUUGACCUGUGGAGGCUCAGACUGCCACGUUACGAGGAAGCCAGAGAGAUACUGGUGGUCGGGAGGAAUAUUAUUCCUCAUAACUGGUGCUUGACCCCAGAUCAGCUGACUGGAAGACAGUCUCAGUAGAAAUGCAGUGACACCAAGAGGGAUUAUACCACUGACAGUCUUCAAGUGGAUUUUCAUUUUUAAAAUCGCCACUUUUAUUUAACACGUAAAUGACAUUUUAACAAUCACUGAAACAGGUCAAGAAGAACUAAAGAACUGUCUUCGAAUGUCUUUUUUAAUAACUAAAAUGUAGCUGUCGAUGCUUCAUGGUGUCUGUUGCUUCUGCUCAUUUUACUGUUUGCACUAAAGUAACAAUCUACUAACAAAUUACAAAGCGAGGCAUUUUAUCGAUCUACUUUUUGUCGCCCGGCUGGUACAGUAUCUGAAAAACUGCGUCCACUCAGAACGUCGUGUUUUUGUAGUUUGGUUUUAAUAAAGAUGCUGUGUAAAUUAAAGUUGAUUCAAGACUUGAAAUACAGUAGAUCGAAGAUGUCAAAGAUAAAGCCAUGUGACGAUUUUAUUUUUUAGACUAAACUCUAAAUGUGCCGUUUCUCCUUGAAGGUUUUAUCUUCAACAGUCAUGACGAGCUCACGCAGGUCAGUAAACUAAGGGUUACGAACAAGCAUGAACAAAAACUGACAAAGAAAAUAAACACAAAAUUGCACAGUUUUUACAUUUUUAGCCUUUACUCAAAAUAGGAAAAAACACAGUAUUUUUCUCCUCUGCAUUCACUCUGUCAGAGCAGAAGUUUUAACCUCUUGCUAACUUGUGUGUUCUUGAUUGGACUAAACUUGGUAGUCCGGUCAGUCUUUUUGUAAUUUGCACACUGAAUUUUAUUGUAUUUUUCUGGCUGUUACGGUGCUGAUUGAUUAUCUGUUAAUCUGUGAAUCUGUUUAAACUCGUGCUGUGACUUUUCUCACAGUUUCACACUCAGCUUUCAGACUACAAUGCACUGAGACAACCAAUGAAACCUUCGACUUGGUCUUUAAGCCUGUAAAUGUCUGUCACUAUUUUAUUUAGCCACUGAGCUGAACUUUCUGGUCUUGUGACUUUUUAAAUAAAAUCCAAAACUAUAUGCAGACACGUCUAUGAAAUGAGGUCAAUUGUAAUUUGUAAUAUAAUAUGUUUUGAUAUUUAAUAAAUGCCUACAGGUAAAAACGUC